UGCACCUACUGGUCAGAAGCUCGUCGUCUCUCGCAACGCAAAUUUUACGCACAGAGAGAAAUUAAACAACCAAGCGACGACUGGUAGGCUGGGCAUGGACCUCUAAACUAUUUCCCACUUAAACCUAGUCAUCGUCAGAAGAUUCCAUAAAAAUCUAAACUUUCAUUUACAGCAGGCCCCAAAUUGAAUCCAAUUUCAAAUUCAAUGUCCUCCUCUUCAUCAGCACCAUCCUCAGAUGACGAACUCAACCCUAACCCUAGCCCUAAACCAAUCGAAGACGAGUUGUCAUUGGCGUCAGUAAUAUUGACCGAAUCCAACGGUAAUGGAUCAGUGAAUGAGAAUAGUGAAUUGGCGUGGGGGAGGAAGAGUUCUGAGGUAGAAGUGGAGGCGGAUGGGUCUUCCAGUGCUAGCAGUAGUGGGUAUGCGGGAGAGAGAGGGAGCAGUAGCGAGACGAGUAAUUCGAGAAUUGAUGAGGAUGAAAUACAGGAAGUGAGGAAUGAUGAUGGUUUUGGUGAUGGAGUUCACGAUUCUCAGGCCGCUUGGGUGCCUGGUAAACGCCACGUUGAUGAGGAUGAUGCUUCCAUAUCAUGGAGAAAGAGAAAGAAACACUUUUUCAUUUUGAGUCACUCUGGGAAACCAAUAUAUUCCAGAUAUGGAGAUGAACAUAAGCUAGCGGGCUUUUCAGCAACAUUACAAGCAAUUAUUUCCUUUGUGGAGAAUGGUGGUGAUCGUGUCAAAUUGGUUAAGGCAGGGAAGCAUCAGGUAAUCUUUCUUGUGAAGGGACCAAUCUACUUAGUUUGCAUUAGCUGCACAGAAGAGCCUUAUGAAUCAUUAAGGGGACAAUUAGAGCUUCUAUAUGGCCAGAUGAUACUUAUUUUAACAAAGUCCGUAAACAGAUGCUUCGAGAAGAACCCAAAGUUUGAUAUGACACCCCUGCUUGGAGGAACGGAUGUUGUCUUCUCAUCACUCAUUCAUUCUUUCAGCUGGAAUCCAGCCUCCUUCCUUCAUGCAUAUACUUGUCUCCCCCUCGCUUAUGCAACAAGGCAAGCUGCUGGUGCUAUAUUGCAAGAUGUUGCUGAUUCAGGUGUCCUGUUUGCAUUGCUAAUGUGUAAAUACAAGGUUGUGAGUCUUGUUGGUGCACAAAAAGCCUCUCUUCAUCCUGAUGAUAUGCUACUUCUUUCCAACUUUGUUAUGUCUUCAGAAUCAUUCAGGACAUCUGAAUCUUUCUCACCAAUUUGCCUGCCAAGAUAUAAUCCCAUGGCAUUUUUAUAUGCUUAUGUCCAUUAUUUUGACGUGGACACAUACCUGAUGUUGCUUACUACUAGUUCGGAUGCCUUUUAUCAUCUUAAGGAUUGCAGGAUUCGUAUUGAAAGUGUCCUUGUGAAGUCAAAUGUUCUUAGUGAAGUUCAGAGAUCCAUCUUAGAAGGGGGAAUGCGGGUCGAGGAUUUGCCUAUUGAUCCACUGCCUCGUUCUUCGAUAUCUCAUCAUUUGAGCCAACAGAGGCUUUUAACAGAUUCUCAUGAAGGGUUUAGUGAAUCAGUUUUUGGUAUUGGUGGUCCUUCUGGACUUUGGCAUUUUAUUUAUCGCAGUAUAUAUCUGGAUCAGUAUGCGUCUUCUGAGUUCUCACCACCAAUUAGCAGUCCUCAACAGCAGAAAAGAUUGUAUAGAGCUUACCAAAAACUUUACUCUUCCAUGCAUGAUAAAGACAUUGGGCCCCACAAAACUCAGUUUAGAAGAGAUGAAAACUAUGUUCUUCUUUGCUGGGUCACGCAGGAUUUUGAACUUUAUGCAGCCUUUGAUCCACUUGCAGAUAAGGCUUCGGCUAUAAAGACUUGCAACCGGGUUUGUCAGUGGGUGAAGGAUGUGGAAAAUGAGAUAUUUUUGCAGGGAGCAAGCCCCUUUUCAUGGUGAUAUCCCAAAUUAUUCUGUUACACAGCAUGUACCCUAGUUUUGUUUAUUUAAUAAAAGCUCAUAUAAUUUUUUUUUU